UCGUCCCGUCGCGUCGGCCGUGUGAAAUGUUUUAGUGCCUUGACGUUAUAAUAAUUUUAAGAUAUUUUAUAAACAUGCUUUAUUUAUCAGAUAUAAUUAAUAUAGUUAUAUUUUAGAAGCAUAAAAAUAUAGAUUAAAGUGUUACAAUGUUCAAGUGCUGGCCGAGUGUGGUGUGCAUUCUUGUGUGUGUAAUUUUAUUAGUUCUGACAAAGGAUACUGUUGAGACACAUGAAAUAAGACACCCGGCGCCAGAGUUCACCAGACACCGCGUCGUGACACCGACCGUACACCAUGGACGGACGAAGAGGGAGAUCUCAUCUACCAAACACACGGACGGCAUCCACCAUCGCGAGGUGACGGUCACCGUGGACCUCGACAGGCCGCUGGUGCUGGACCUGCGGCUGAACGAGGACCUGGUAGCGGGAGACCACGUGUUGCGAUACCAGAAGGACGGGAAGACGGUGAUACAUAGGCCUAAAGUUGAGGAGCUGGACAUCUGUCAGUAUUCCGGCACUGUGCGGGGGGCGGCGGGCUCGUCAGUGGCGGUCUCAACCUGCGACGGCCUGAGGGGCGUCAUCAAUGACGGCAGGGACGUAUACUACAUCGAGCCCACGCAAGGCAGCCUAGACUCGGAACAUUACGUCUACUCUCAUUCCGAUCUCGGCGCCGAGUACCGCUGUGGGUACGUGGGUGGUGUGACGAACAAUACCAACUAUGAUCCUGAGCUGAUGAGGCAGCAUUUGGAGAAGACGGACAGAGAGAAGAGUAGGAUAAGUCGGUACAAGCGCGACACCUCCGAGGACACCAUGGUUAGAGGUCCAUUCAACGCCAACAAGCUGUCGCGCUACGUCGAGCUCGUGCUUGUCGCUGACCAUCGCGAGUAUAUAGCUAACGGCGAGAGCAUAGAGACAGUGCAUCGACAGCUGAAGGACGUCGCUAAUAUUAUUAACUCCGUGUACGCCCCCCUCAAUAUAUUCAUCGCGCUCGUCGGCGUGGUGGUGUGGAGUGAGCGGGACGAGAUCGUGCUAGAAGAGGACGGCGAUAAGACUCUCACUCACUUCCUGCAGUACAGACGAGAGGUGCUAGUGAGGGAUAUACCGAACGACAACGCGCAUUUACUCACUCGUCAACAAUUCAACAGCGGUGUCGUCGGCAAGGCUCUCAAAGGUCCAAUUUGCACGUACCAGUUCUCUGGAGGGGUAGCGACCAACCACUCCCAAGUUAUAGGCCUGGUGGCGACCACCAUAGCUCAUGAGAUGGGUCAUAACUUCGGUAUGGAGCAUGAUACGGAGGCAGACUGCACAUGCCCCGAUGAUAAGUGUAUCAUGAGCCCGUCUAGUACGUCAGUUGUACCGACGCAUUGGUCGUCGUGUAGUUUGAGUUCCCUUGCCCUGGCCUUUGAGAAGGGCAUGGAUUAUUGUUUACGCAACAAACCGAAACGUCUGUUCGAAUCGCCAACAUGCGGUAACGGUUUUGUGGAAGCGGGCGAGCAAUGCGACUGCGGGUUGCGGCCCUCGCCUGCUUGUGCGGCGUGCUGCGACCCCGCUGCGUGCUUGCUGCGCCGCAACGCCACGUGUGCGGUUGGAGAAUGCUGCGACCCGCAGACGUGUCGGCCCAAGUCGGCGGGGACGGUGUGUCGGUCCGCGGACAAGGAGUGCGAUCUGCCGGAGUUCUGUACGGGCCACUCGGAGUUCUGUCCGCGAGACGUGUUCAAGAUGGACGCGACGCCGUGCGGCAACAACCAGGCGUACUGCGUGCAAGGCUCGUGCCGGUCCCACUUCGAGCAGUGCCGGCUGCUGUGGGGCUCCACCGCCGCCAACUCCGAUUACCUGUGUUACAACAACUCCAAUGUUGUCGGCGAUAGGAGCGGUCACUGCGGCUACAUACGCGGGGACCCGCCCCAGUACAAGCGCUGCGCCCCCGCGGACGCGUUAUGUGGUCUACUCCAGUGUCAGCACCUCAACGAGCAGCUGGAGUUCGGCAUGGAGUCAGUGUCAGUGCUGUCCGCCAAGUUCAUCAAUCACAACCCCACCACGCUGCCCAGCGGCCGGGGGAAAGGUAAACUGCUGGUGUGCCGCACGGCAAUAGUCGACCUCGGACAGAGCGACCCCGAUCCCGGUAUGGUGCCUGAUGGAGCCAAGUGCGGCGAGGACAUGAUGUGUCUGAAACAACGCUGCGUGCCUGUGGAGAUGGUGACGUCAGCUGUCGGCCGGAAGGAGGGCUCCGUCUGCCCCUCCAACUGCUCCGGACACGGCGUCUGCAACUCUGAGGGUCACUGUCACUGCGAGGUGGGAUUCGCGCCGCCGCUGUGCGCCGCGCCCGGGCCCGGCGGCUCCUACGACUCCGGACCAGCAUCAGACGCCUCCAUUCAACGCAACUUCAUGGUCGCGAUGUACGUGAUAUUCCUCGGCAUCCUGCCGUGUAUACUCCUUGUGCUGUUCCUGCUCUACUACGUCAGACACAACGUACCCUUCUGGUGGAAGAAGCCGAGGAAAACGGUACAGUCACCAAAGAAGAAUGGCUUACAACGUCGCCUUUCGAGAAGUGCAAGCAAAUUUGCCGCCAACUUCCAUCACAGUGCACCAAGUAACGCUCAGCCUAUUAAUGUCCAUACUGUUUCUAAUCCUGAUGACAUGAGCUCUAGCCUCCUUAGAAGCGACUCCGAGCACAGUCCAUCAGGGAAUAUCAAUCCUUCCGUCAACUUCUUUGGCAAUUUCAAAGGAUUCACUCUCGCACCAAUAGAUAAAGAUCAAAAUAAAGAAGAGGCUAAAGUGGAGCCAGCUAAGAGUGCUAAAAUCACUCCAGUACACAGAAGCGGUAGCAACAGUCAGAGUAUCAGUCAAGGGGUCUUGAAGCCAGUACUGCGAUCAGCGCCGCCUUUACCGGUGGUCCCUAAUACAACAAAGUCGUCUCCAAAAACUAGUCCCUCUGUCAAAAGAACUAACAGCUCGGUACAAAAUCGUAUAAAGGCACUAAUGAAUACGGAUAAAGCUGAGGAACCAUCGGCUCCUAAUCCUGCACUAAGACCAGUAAUAUCUAGUCCGAUUCUAGAAGCGUCUACUUGUACUGCUAAAGAACUUAUAUCGCCCUUACAAGGGUCUAAAACUUUAGGACCUGUACGUGCUGCGCCCACUAUUCCAACAAUUUCACCAGAUCUCCCAAAGAGACCCUUAAGCAUGCAUUCCGCUGGUAAUGUCCCACAAAAACCGCUACCAGAAGAACCGAAGAAAGUUAAAGAAGGAAUAUCUCUGAAUAGAAUCGCAUCAUUCCUGAAACAGGACAAAAAUAAAGAAAAAGAAAGGACUCCAGUUGAAAGAAGUCACUCGCUUCCGAAGAAUCCAAAUAACCAAGUGAAAGUUGUUAAAAACGUGGAUAAAGCGGCGCUAAGAAAUCUACAAAUAUCGAAUCCAAUUUUGCAAAAAAAUAUCGAGUUGCCAGUGAGUACGGUCCCAGUUGUUUCCGAUUCUGAAGAUGCAGACGAGCCGAAAAGUUUUGUUAAUAGAACUCAAAGUAUGCGAGCGCCGGCCGCCCAAAAGCCUCCUCUACAAAGUUUCGGGUCUAUGAGACAAGCUCCAGGUGUCCCCAGACCUUUAUCAGGUGUAGGUAGACCUACUGCCCCACCACCGCCAUUACCAGUCCCAAAUGCAAACAAAGAUACAUCAAUCUACCAAAACCCUAGACCAGUAAACGAAAUUAAAUCUACCGACUAUGUUGACUGCAUAGAAGAAAAACCGGCCCCUCUAGCGCAUAUAGAUGAGGAAUCCGGUGAUAAUAUUUACGCUAUUAUUGAAGAAAGUCCCGAAAAACAUUUCAAACCGCUCCCUGGAACGAAAAAUUUUAAGGCUAGCGAUGAUAGUGAAGAGUACAAAGUUCCUAAGUCAAUACUAGACACUGAAAGUACGGGACUACUAGGUGAAAUAGCUACUGAACUAGAGAAUCGAAAUUGUGAAUCUAUUUACUCUGCAUCGACACUUAGAAGGAAGGAUAAGAAUAAAAAUGAUAGUAGAGACAGUACAUACAUGAAUACAGAUUAUAAAACGCCUGAGAGUGUUUAUAGUAAUUCGGGAGCAAAAUCCACCGCAUCGACGACUAGCAGUGGCUACUUACACCCGUCAGCAGUAAACGUACCGACGUACAUGCAAAAUGAUAGCAAAGAACUAGAGAAACCUCCGUCGCCAUCUUUAAAAGCGAACUCCAAAAUACCUACAUUUAGUCGACAAGUUACCCCUCCCGGUUUAAGGACUACCUCGUUCAAAGCCGUGCCUCAAUCCCCAAAAAGUGUAAAUAAAAAUACAACCUUAAAAGCAGCACCGAACAGUCCAGACAUCGUUUCUAGUUGUGGAGUAGACAACGUAAAAAACGUUAAACCUCCCGAUGUGAUUAACAAUAAUAAACCUAGUGAACCUCCUAAAGUAACAACCAAACCGACAGUGAAAUCGAACGACAACCGUCCACCGCUGCGACCCGCGCCGGGCGUAGAUAAAAAACCAGCUGUUAAACCAACGAAACCAGUAGUUAACGCGAAUAAAAAUGAAAAGACUCCGAUAAAUAGAACGAAUUCAAAAACUGAUUCCAACGUUAAAGCGAUAGCAGAUAAUCUAAAUAAGAAUAAACCUAAAGUAGUACCGAAACCGACCAACGUAGCGCAGAAGACUGAAGUCAAAACGAACGCAACCAAACUGUCCGCUAAUCCGUCUAAAGUCGCGAGCUUGCAGCAGAAAUUCGAGAACAGAAAGUCCAUUGGAAAAGAAAUACCAGCGAAGAAAUAGAUGUACAAAAUAUCCACGCUUAGACAAUUAUAUUUAUACGCGUAAAAAUGUAAAAUCAUCAGUGCAAAUGUCAAAAUUUAUAACGCUAACUUCAGCGUGUGUUCUGAAAUUUACCUAGCGUACUGAAACUGACCAGAAGUCAAGACGUCAUUUGUAUCUGAUGACGCAUUGUAUUGUGUGCCGCUGGUGAGACAAUGUGUAUUAGUAGUAAAUUAUGUAAUAUUUGCAAUAAUGUUGUCCCACC